AUGUGUGUCCUUAAUGGUUUUCUCUCGGUGACCGCGGUUUUUGGAAACGCAAGCCUCAUUUUUGCGCUAGGAAAAACUUCAUCAAUUCCUUCUUCAACGAGAACUCUGCUUUGGUGCUUGGCGAUAACAGACCUCACCACUGGGGUACUAGGUCAUCCACUCUACAUCGCUGUAAUUUCAAAAGUUCGGCAAAAUUAUAGCUGCGAGAACGUUCAUGAAAUUUUGCUAGCAUUUUUCCUGAUACAAGUUUCGUUAACUGGUUGCUCAUUAAUGGCGGUGACUUUCAUCGGAGUCGAUAGAUUUCUUGCAAUUUAUUUGCAUCUUAGAUACAAUGAACUAGUCACUACAAAGCGAAUAGUCACCGUGGUACUUGCGUCGUCGACUUUUUCCCUGGCUACCAUUUUCAUAUGUGUCUUCUGGUAUUUUAAGGUUGGAGAAGUGGUUUUGCUUAUUGUUGCUUACUGCUCCACGAUUUUGCUCAGUAUCAUAUACAUUAAACUUUUUCUCGUCGCUCGUCAACACGCAGCAAGCAUAAACAGCCAGGCACAAGUGGCAAUGCAACUGUCAAGUUUCACAAGCAUGGCUCGAAUCAAGAACUUAGCCAUGAAAACCUUUUACGUAUAUAUUGUAUUCUUACUGUGUUAUUGUCCAUAUUUAAUCACCUUGACUCUGUUGCUAGUGAGUCCUCAGCCGAAUGCAGCUAUAAAGGAAGCCAUACAACUUACAACAGUUCUAGUGCUGCUCAAUUCAUCGUUAAAUCCAGUCGUUUUCGGUUGGAAAAUGAAAGAAGUUCGACAGAUUGUUAAGAAUGAUUUCCAAAAGUUCAUUUUUUGGAAAGCUGAAGAUGUGUAAUCGAGGGAACAUGCAGAAAAGUUUACGUUUCUUUCCGGCAUUUAAUUAAGCGAAUAGGGUCCUGAGCGCUUCCGUAUGGAGUUAAAAAUCAAAUGAGCUGACAUAAACGUUUAAUAAAAUUUAUAACUUAACCCAGCAAAGGUCAGAGGACCUCUUUGCUCGCAAAAACAAAUUAUAUAUUAAACAUGCCUUUUUUCUCUUUUAAAUCUAUAUCUCCUGAUUACUAGUUGUAAGUAAUCCUGUUUCAAUAAACAGUUGAGAAAAUGUAAUUUACAUUGAAGGCACGGGCACGUUAGACUUGCAAAAAAAAGAAGGAGGAGACAGACAUCGCAGUUUCAUGCUUAGUGCUUAUACGGCAAAAGAUAUGCUUUUUUUAACUUUGACGGAACGUUCGUUCAUCCAAUGACAAGUAAUUUAUCAGCUUGCCAAAAGUAUUCUAAUUAGCUGUCAAGUUCUCCUUUUUAAUAAAAACGCAUUAUUUAUAUUUGUUUACAGCCUUCCUUAGAAAAUCGUCUUUGCUAUUUUUUGUUUUGUGAGUGGCAGAAGUUGUGCCCUGAAAAAAAAAAUGACAUGAUAGUGGUAUCAUUCCUCCUUUAAAAAAAGUUAGAAGCAGGUAGAGUUCCGCGCCAAAUAUCACUCUUUUUGGCAGUCAAAAUUCAGCUGGUUGAAGAUCUUCGGAUGGGAAUUAAUUACUAACUAUUUCUAGAAUUUCAAGUACAGGUGGUUGGAUGGAAAGACAGAGAAAGAAAACUGAAGGAGACUAGAAAAAGAAGACUGUUGACGGGCAAAGUGAAGUUCGCUGGCUAAAUCGCAGGAGCGUUAAGCCAGUUUAAUUUUUGGCAGUUUUGUGUCCGUCAAGGGUUGGUGUAAGAGAUAGCGAUUCAGUGGGGAUUCGGCCGUAAAUUGCUUUAAAGACGCUUUUAUUAUACGGUCGCGGAUCGAGUUCAAGAGGAGACAAAAGGCGGGUGUUUUAAUUACCCAUCUUAUUAAGCUGGAAGCUGGACUUCUUCUCCAGGUAGUGGUAAAUAGCUUUUCUUUUGGCAGUAACUUCAAAAAGAGUAGGCCUCGUUUUAUAAUCAUGUUUCGCCAAUAACUGUCUUUGGACGCCCCUGGAAAAUGGCCGAUCUUUUCGAUUUGUUUUGCUCGUAUUUUUAGUAUUGUUAUCAAUGAUUCCUGCUAAUUAGUGAUACUUUCCUAUUAGGCAGAAAAUGCAUUUAAGAAUAUUCAUUAUACAUACCCGGGAUUUGAUAUCAUUGCUGCCUUCCUAAAAUGUCUUGUUGGAAUUAAACUAACACUUACUGUACGCCAUCGUGAUAGCUGUUAACGGGGGCACCCAACGAGAAUAUAGUUCAAAACCACUUAAACAUAGCAUUGUUAAACGUAUUUUAGUAUUUAAACGGUAGAUAUAGGCAUAUUUUUAUCCCCUAAAAAUUUUUCAUCUGCUCGGAUUUCCUAGCUGAAAGUCUAGUGAUCCGAAAAUUAUAGGGAUCAAAACUUACCUUUUCGAAAAUUUCAGCCAGAAAAAAGGCUCCCGAAAAUUCUAGGUGACCUUGUUAGAGUAAAAAUCCGUUAAAAAUAGGCAAUUAUACCAUUUUUUAGAUGUUCGAAAAUCCUAGGAGAGACGGGCAAGCAAGAAAUUUUACAACAAAUGUUUUGAAAAUUCUAGAUCUCAAAUCGUCUUCCGAACAGAUAUUCUUCCGAAAAUUGUCUUUGGGUGCCCCUGUGUUAAGACCUGUGAGAAUACUUCAUUGUUAGUGAAGAGUUUUUUGUAUCUAGUCAAAAACAUUUGGUUUUUACUUUCGCAAACACCAAAGGUUCUUUUAUUUAGUCAAGAAUUUUUUCUCAAAUCUAGAGUACUUACGCUGGCUUCCACCUCAAUCAUGAUUUUUUUUCAUCCGAUUGAGAACUAAUAUUGAUCAAGAGCGUCAAAAGGGGCCCAUCAAGCAAUGCUUACGCGGUCUCACCAGGAAGCUAAAUCACGUGAUCUUAAUGUAGCUCAUUGUUUUGCACAGACCUAAAGUAUCUACUGUCAAACCUCUCUACUAUGGCCAACUUGGGGACAGAAUAAAGUUGCUGUUGUGGAGAGGUGGCCGUUAUGUGGAUGUGACGGUUUAAUGUGACAAUUUUUUUUUAGGGGAGUACAGCAUAUUUAUUGUGCCAAGUUCGACAUCCCCAAGUGUAAUCCAAUCAUAAAAACUUUGAUAUAUAGAGCUAAAAUCAGAUACAAAAAAAUUUACAAAUGAUUUUUCGGAUCAAAACGUUUACAUGACCAAACAAGCAAGGCUCGCAACAUUCGCUAUAAGUUUUGUAGACAAUUUUUGCUUACUGUAGCAUUAUUAAAUGGAACACAAUCAAAACGAUUGCCACGAUGAUCAACGCGCCAUACAGAUCAAAUUACGUAACCAUUCCGGACCUCAGUCGCUGAAAAAAACUGGCCGUUUGUCGAGAGGUUAUUCUGGCAUUUGAGGACGCCCUGUAGUGGCCGUUGCCGUUGUGGAGAGGGUUAAACAAGAGUCAAUGUAUGGACUGUCCACCGGGACAAUGAAAGAGUGACCGUUGUAGACAGGUGGUCGUUGUGGAGACGUGGCCGGCGUUAGUGGAGGUUCGACUGUAAGUUUUAGGGUUAGUGUUAGGGUUAGGGUUGGGGGUUGAAGAGCAGGUCACUAAAGCGGAAAAGGGGUGACCUGAUCUUCCACCUCAGUGGAAAAAAAAAUACUCAGUUGGUUCUAAAACAACAGAACUGUGCAUUCAUGCGCAUGUCUUGGCUUCUCGGCGCUACGCGCUCUGUCAUUGUGGUAGAACACCUUGGAGUUCAGUUAUUAUUGCGUGGGACAUCAGGAGAACGCAACCUAAACUCAACACUCAAGAAUCCUGGCCACCCACAUUAAGCAGAAGGAAACUUGAUUUCUGGUAGUUCGGGUAAAUUACCGCAAACGGAAAUACACCAUAGACCUUGGACGUCUCAUUCCUAGAGCCUGUCGUUUCUUUAAGUCCCAUUCGAACGAGCGCUCAUAGUGACGGAUGCUGGUACUUUCGGAACCCUACUAUACCUCAUUGCUAAGAAGAUUAGCGAGAAAAUAAUUUUUCAAGCCGGCUACCUUCAAAUGUCAGUCUACGCGUGACGAAUUGCGGAUCUCUGGUGGUACUGAGUUCCACACUAUUUACCUUUAUAGGUAUAGCUGACUGCGCCGUGCGGCAGAAGGGGAUGAGAUUAUAUUAUUUAACGUUGUUGUUAAUCGUGUUGUUAUACUUAUGAGUUUCAGAUCUCUUUUGAAACAUGUUUAUCUGAUAGGUCAGUGCCUGAUUGAUCAUACACUUAAAUAUCUGUACAGCGUCUCUUAAAUCCUAAAAGAUUCAGGUACCAGAAGAAACUUUAAUUCUUUUAGUGUCGGUGAUAUGUGAUCAAAUUUUUCUUCCCUUUCGCCCCAUAUUAUAGUCUAGCGGCAAAAAGUUCUGAACAAGCUAAAGUUUAGCACUGGUCGAUUUGCUACUGCUCGACCACACAGGAGAACAGCUUCGUAAAAACAGGUGAGUUUAUUGAAAUAAAGAGCGUUGGUUUUGAAAAAAAAUUGGCGAAUUCCUCUUACCGCCGCCAGCUUGCUCAUAAGUUGCAAGCUCAUUCUCUCUUGAGAAAACUAAUCAGUUAAACCAAGUAAGUUGAAUAAAUAUGCCUUUCUUUGGCAUCGAUUACAUUGAUGUUUAUCCACUGCGAUUUGAAAAUGGACCUUUUGGCAAAAUCGACCGAGAUUUAGCAUGUCUUAAGCUCACUUUAACUACGGUCAGGUGCGGCCACAGCUUCUGCCGCCCUAGUAGACAACAUGGCGACCAUCUUACAGUGCUAUUUUGUGUUUAUUUUGCUUUAUAAAAACGUUCUCGGAAUGUUAGCAAUAAACAAACUUUACCGCUAUUUGCAUGUACUUUGAGACUAUAGUUCAUCUACUGUUUUCGCCAUGUGGCGUGACUUUGGACAGUUUUUAUCUAAUCGGCCUUUGUGGCCUUACAUCUUGAAUGUACGGCAUUUUAAUUUCAUUUGAAGUUGAAGAGGAAAUAGAGCAGUGCCUUGAACUGCUUUCGCCCCAUGGCCAAUGGACUCAACCUCAAAUCAACUUUCUAGUCUUUCAAUUGUCAGUUAGUUUAAAAGGUUAUAUGCAUUCCGCGCCGGGCUUUGUCUUUUUAGUUGUGCUUACGGUGAGUUUUCUUUUUUGCUGCUGCUAACUAAAGAAUGGUUAGAUGAAAUUAGGUCUAGACAGAAUGAAAAGAGAAUUGUCGUCUUAAUAAGAAUACCUCAAACAAAUAAAAUAACAGCAGGUUGGCUUGAAAAAGAAACUUUCUACUAAGUUAAAAAUUAAUAAAUUUAUCAAAAGAAGGACUGAAAUAAUGAAACCAUUGGGGAGAAAUUCUCAAUCAAUUGCCUACUGUGAAAUCUCUCACUGAAAAUGACAAUUUGAUAGCUUUGGUUUGUAAUACGUGUUGCUAAUGAAAUUGAGAGGAUGAACAUGCUGGCCGGUUAAUAAAUUUUGCAAGUUAUUAAAUUCACGACAGCAACAAAUAAAGUGACAGAUAAAAUCUCACAGUUAACUUGAACUUAAUAAUAUAAAUUCGCGACACAAAGAAGAUUGAACGUACGUUUCAAUUCGUAUUAAUUCAGUGUUAUGAUUCACAGCGUUACGAAAAUAAUACAGAUUCACCACCUUGCUAUUCCUCUCCUAUGGUUGCAGACCGUUGUUACUUCUUUCUAUUAUCUUAAAACUAGUCAACAAGCCACAGGAUAUACGAAUUUCAAUUUCAAUUUUUCAUUUUGUAUUCCAGCUCCCUAUUAAGAACCUAUCAUAAUGCAAUCACUAUUAUUGCUGUAAAACACUUCUUCACUGAUAUUACAACCCCAUUGCUAUGUAAACAAGUAAAUUAAAUCAGCCGCAAUGUAGCCUUUAUAUAAGAUUUCAGCAAUUGACAUUAACGCCAAAUUUUGCGGGAAAAGCGCAAAGAAAGAGCUUGAGAAAGCGUGUCGCACUUUGAUCUGGCCUGAACAUCUCCUUUGAGGGCAAGAAGCGCAGUUAAAAAUAGCUAGUUCAUUACAAUUGUGCAAUGUUGUUCUGGAAAAGUAUUACGAAAGACCUGAAGAAUUGGACACACUGUUUAAGAUGAUGCUGGUAUUAAAUGGUUUGUUCUCUUUCACCGCAGUUCUGGGAAACUUGAGUAUAAUUUUCGCGCUAAGGAAAGCUUCAUCUAUUCCUUCCUCAACGCAGAUUCUUGUAAAGUGUUUAGCUGUAACAGAUCUUGGCAAUGGCGUUCUUGGUCACCCACUUUACAUGGUUGUUAUUUCAAGACUCCGACAAAGUUACACCUGUGAAAAUAACCACCAAAUUCUAUUAGCAUUUUUACUUAUAGAAACUUCGUUAUGUACUGCCUCGUUCAUAACUGUAACCUUCAUCGGAGUAGACCGUUUUCUUGCAAUUUCCUUACAUCUUAGAUACAAUGAACUAGUGACUCCAAAGCGAGUAGCUGCCACAGUGCUCGCGUCGUGGAUAGUUGUUUUAGCUACCACGAUCAUAGGUGCCUUCUGGUUUUUGAAUAUUGGGGAGAUGCUGAUCCUUAUUAAUGGAUAUACCAGCACUCUUUUACUCAGCAUCAUAUACAUUAGACUUUUUUCCGUCGCUCGCCGACACGUAGCAAGUAUAAACAGCCAAGCUCAAGUAACAGCUCAUCUGUCAAGUAUCAGAAAAAUGGCCAGAAACAAGACCUUAGCCAUAAAAACGUUUUAUGUGUUCGUUAUAUUCUUGCUGUGUUACUGUCCAUACUUAAUCUGUUUAACAGUGUUGUUACUCAGUUCUCAGCCGAAUGCGGCGAUAAAGGGAGCCGCACACCUAACGUUGGUUUUAUGGAUGCUAAAUUCAUCGUUAAAUCCAGUGGUGUUCGGCUGGAAACUAAAAGAAGUUCGUCAAAUCGUUAAUAAUGAUUUCAAAAAAAUUAUUCCUUGUAAGUCGAACGACUGA